AUGGUGGUCGGAGGAAAGCAGAUCUCGCCUCUGCAAGGGCUCGAUACGACGAGCAGAGAGGUAGAGGACAACCUGGCAGAUCUGAGGUUGCUCGAUGAUCAGAAAGAGCGACUUUCUAAAACUCAGUAUGAAGAGGGGCAAAUUAGCUAUUUGGAAGUUAUCGAUGCUCAGCGCCAGGUCUUACAAACCGAACUGCAACUGAGCCGUCUGACGGGCACUCAGGCCAUUGCAACGUUCACGUACCAUCACCAAGUCUCGGUGGACAUCAUCGCCGCAUUGAAAACUGGUUUCUCCUACUGUCAAAAAUCCAUUACGCUGGUAGAAGCCUAUUGCGCGGGCAUUCUGAUCAUUCACCGUGAGCCGGAUACGUUC